CUUUUUUGAAGUCGGUUAAAAAUAAAUACUAUAUACGAUUAAUAUGUCCACUUACAUUGUUGGAUUUGUAUGCACUUUGAUACUGGCGGGGUUCUUGAUUGCAUGGAUUGCGUUUUGCAUGUUUUGUAGAGAACGACACAAGCCGGAACGCUAUCAGUACGACAUAUCAGAUUUGCGUCGUAAAAAUUUCGAGUUAGCGCAAGAGCAGAAAGAGAGCAAUACGAAAGAGAUCACCGCUGGCAUAUUCAUACUGCCGUCUCGUCACAAACAGAAGGACGACAAUAGUUAUAACAAAAGACCAGAUUAUCCGGAGGGUCCUGUUACGAAUCUGCAACCAAGAACAGAUAAACUGAUAGAGAUAUUCAAUGAAAAUUCGCCAGACGUUGAACCUAUUAAAAAUGUUGGCUUCGAUAUCGACUCUGACAUCAGAUUCCAUAGUGACGUAUGAACAUAUUGCACAACUACUGCCGAUCUAUCACGAAGCACCGGUCAUGCUUUAUUACACUGUAAUUCACUGUUAUCCUAUGUUAAGAACACAUUAAAUAAAACAAUAUAUUUUUUUAAA